UGGAGAUUUUCGCGGACUACAACGAGCCCGUGAGUGAGACUGUGUGGCCGCAGAUGUGGAGCACCAACUCGCUAGAGGAGAUUGUUGCGUCCUGCUCGCAGUUCGACUUCCUCGGCGACUAAGGCGAGCUGCCAGAAGCUGGGCCCGACGGACCAAGCACGUUAUCUAUCGUUGCGUUCUGCACGAAUUGCACAUAUCCCAUUAAUUUAACACCACCAUAAACAAGUAGGUAAGUAAAUACACAAGGGCCGUUUGAGUUGUACCACUGCGAGCAUUCCACCGAGAGUCGAGUCUUGCGUUGAGCCCUACUGCGUGACAGUUGCAGUUGUGUAGAGUUUGUGUGCGCAUUAUACACAAACCGCACACAAUCGUGAAACGGUGCACGUCCAUCGCCAGUCAAUACUGAGUCGCUUACCCGUGCUGGAGCCAUGUCGUCGACGGAAGCUGAUGCGCCCAAGCCCAAGGCCGUCAAGGUCAAGGCGCUCGCUGGCCUGUCGCGCGAGAAGAUGGAGCAGUUCAAGGAGAAGGCGGAGCGCCGCGGCGUGGUGUACAUCGCGCGCGUGCCGCCCUUCAUGAAGCCGGAGAAGCUGCGCUCGCUGCUGGGCAAGUACGGUGAGCUGAACCGCAUCUACCUGGUGCCGGAGGACAAGGUGCUGCACAAGAAGCGCGUGAGCGCUGGCGGCAACCGGCGGCAGAAGUACACGGAGGGCUGGAUCGAGUUCGAGGACAAGAAGGAGGCCAAGCGCGUGGCCAAGAUGCUCAACACGACGCAGAUCGGCGGCCGCAAGCGCGACUACUACCACGACGACAUGUGGAACCUCAAGUACCUCAAGGGCUUCAAAUGGGACCACUUGACCGAGAAGAUCGCGUACGAGAACCGCAUCCGGGACCAGAAGCUGCGCAUGGAGAUCGCGCAGGCCAAGAAGGAGAACGAGGCGUACUUGGAGCGCGUGGACCAGUCCAAGCAGUUCGAGAAGAUGGAGGCACGCAAGGCUGACAAGAAGCAGGACGGAGACGCAGCACACGACGCCAUGCAGCAGGUGCGUCGCACCUUCCACCAGAAGGCGCCGACCAGCAGCAAACAGAACCAGUCGCUGGGCGAGAACGGGCUGCUGGAAAAGGUCUUCGACGCCAGCAGCAAGAACAAGAAACGUCGUGUGGCCUAGAGGCUAUAGAACUACACAAUGCCGUAAAGAUAAAUGCACCCCUUUUUGAUGAUGACGGAUGGCACAUGCAAUACGAGCUACUCGCUGUCUACAGCUCGUCCUUGGUCUUGCUCUUAUCGCUCGUCUUGGGGAACUUCUCUUCGCCUGCUGUGGGGACAGUAACAGUUUGCUCGCUACCGUCCUUGGCAUCUACCAGGACAUCAAGCAAGACUUUGUCGCCAUCCUUCAGGACCCAUUGGUGGCCCGUGAACGAGUUGUACACGAUGCUGCCACCGUUGGCUGCGAGGGUGGUCAUGAGCGUGCCAGACCAGUACAGACCGACUUCGUGAGGUGUCGGGU